UAUAAGUAAAACAUAACCAAUUGUUUUUGAUUUCAUUUAACCGGCAUUAGUGUUUUAUUAUUAUAUUUUGUGCGAAGUGAAAUUUACGAUGUAAUUUAUUCUGUCACACUCUAAAUUCUUUAAAUUGAGGUUAAGAACAACAUCAACAAUGCAUAGACCGCCAAAACCAGCUACUCCGAAACGUGCCACUUCUGCCAGCAGAUCUAGUAGUGUAAAUAGACUUAAUGCCACAACAGUUCCUAGAAGUGAACCACCAAGACGAGUAGUAUUAAAUCCAAGAAGAUCUGUGAUGCCUCCUGCUUCAUUAUCAGAAACAGUUAGAAGUGAACCUGAACCAGAAUUAAGUGAAAUAGAUAUUCUUUAUGAUGAUUAUUUACUAUCUCUUGCAGCAGAAGUUAUUAUGAAAAAGAAAGUUGAAGAAAGAGAAAAAACUUUAUUGCAUCAAGUAGCCGCUCUGGCUAAAAAAAAGGAAGAAUGUGAAUACAUGCUUCAUGCAGUUCGGAGCAGAAUUAGUGAUAUUAAAGCUUUGAAUCAUUUUGAAACAUGUAUCAAAAAGCAGUUGGAAGACGUUGAUAAAUUUCUUGAAACUCAUGAAGAAAAAAUCAUGAAGAAUCUUGAAAUGAUUUACUCAGUAUUGGAAUCCUCUGAUAAACUUGCAGUUAAAGAUAUAAUCAUUCCAGAGAGAGAGGAAGACUUAAACACUCUAAAGAAAACUUUAGAUGAGAUUACGGAAAUACUCAAUUCAAUGACGAAUUUCUUCCCUGAAUCAGCUGAUGGAAUCGGCUCUAUAAGUAAAAAUCUUACAGAAUUUAAAAAUACUUCAGCUGAAGUAGAAAAACAAUUGGAAUCGGUGCAUGAAAGCUUGGAACAAGUACAUUUUAAUAUGCUGAAAGCUUUCUCGUCUAUAUUAAAUAAGGCUUCUGAAUCAUGAAUAAAUAAUAAUUAUUCAUCAGGCUGUUAAUUAAUGAUAUCAAAUGAUGUUGUAUACAAGAUUAUAGAAUAUAUUACUUUUUUGGAUAAU